GGAGAAACAUUCGAUACUUACGCUCUGCAGUCAUGCCCGAUGGAGGUGUAUGUGGGUAGUUGUGUGGACUGUAAACAGACAGGUUUGCCUUUUAUUCUACAAAAAGGCCCUGCCAGACUGUUCACGUCGUUGAUCGUGUUACAGGAUCGGGGAUGGCUAUCCCUAUAGCUAUACUGGAUUGUGACCUUUUGCUCUACGGCCGUGGACAGAGGACCCUGGACAGGUUUGACAUAGAGACCGUCUCGGAUGAGUUCCUGUUGACUAAUUUCGGCUUCCCGCGGGAAUUCAUCUACUACCUGGUGGAAAUGCUGGGCGACACCCUGUCGCGGCCCACUCAGAGGUCGCGGGCCAUCAGCCCCGAUGUGCAGAUCCUGGCCGCUCUGGGGUUCUACACCUCGGGAUCCUUCCAGACCCGGAUGGGGGAUGCGAUAGGGAUCAGCCAGGCCUCCAUGAGCCGGUGCGUCGCCAACGUGACCAAGGCGCUGGUGGAAAAGGCCUCCCAGUUCAUCGGCUUCACGCAGGACGAGGCGACACAGCAGCAGUGCAGAGACGAGUUCUACCGGGUGGCCGGCGUGCCCAACGUGCUGGGGGUGGUGGACUGCGUCCACAUUGCCAUCAAGGCCCCCAAUGCCGAGGACCUGUCGUAUGUCAACCGGAAAGGGUUUCACUCCAUCAACUGCCAGCUCGUGUGCGAUCCGAGAGGCCUGCUGCUGAGUGCGGAAACCCACUGGCCUGGGGGCCUGCAGGACACGGCCAUAUUUCAGCAAUCGACGGUGAGCAGGCUGUUCGAAGAGCAGGUGCAUCACGACGGCUGGUUGCUGGGUGUGUUGUUGAUGUAUCUGUGUGUUUUGUGCGUUGAAGGAGACAACAAGUAUCCUCUGAAGAAGUGGCUGAUGACGCCUCUCCAGUACCCAGAAACCCCUGCGGAAUACCGCUACAACAUGGCCCAUACGGCCACGCAUGAGAUCAUUGACCGGACUUACCGGGCCUUACAGACCCGCUUCCGCUGCCUGGACGGGUCCAAGGGCUACCUGCAGUACUCGCCCGAGAAGUGCGCCAACAUCAUCCUGGCCUGCUGCGUGCUCCACAACGUGUCCCUCCAGACCGGCCUGGACGCCUGGACCUUCGAGCGCACGGAGACCCCUGACCAGCCGGACGAAGGCUGCGAGCAGAUGGACUCCAUGGACCCGGAAGCUUUCAGGAUCCGGCAGGAGCUGAUCCUCAAUCACUUCAGCUAGCGAGCCCACCCGGAAUAUCCCCGAAGCCCCGGUUGUGUCAUUGACGCAGUGACCGCUCCGGGGCGUCCCUGAUGGUUUUAAAACGGGGAAAGUGUUCCUCGUCGAGUUUAAUUUGUUUUCUCUUCCCCCAGCAGUCCAUGUUGACAAACGCAACUUUGAUGUUGACAAACGCAACUUUGAGAGAAUCUGUCGUCUUACGGCUAUGUCAUGUAAAGUGUUCCCAAGAUAAAGCUGAUAACGCUGAUAAGAGUCUGUGUCCACUUCAGAAGGAAACCCCCCUGAUUGACGGCCUCAUUUUCCAUUUGCGUCUGUCUCUGAGUAACAUAAUUUCAUCUAUGUCUGUUCUUGCUCUAAAGGUGCUUUGUUAAUGCACCUGUCAUGGGCUUGGAGUGAGAUAUUGUAAGUAAGCCAUCCCCUGCUCAGUGUCAUUUUUGUACUGUAUCUCUUCAAAGCAGCGGGACAGGACCAGAGCAGUUCCUAACAACUCUUAAUGGAAACUCCUGUCAUGAGGGAAAAAAAUCUCCUUUUUUAUUUUUUUUUCCAACUACUUAUACAACCACAAAAAAGACAGAUGGAAAGCAUUCAUGAAAGCCCUGACUAUAUCCAGUUGUGGCUUAUCUCAAGAGUAAAGAUGGAUGAGAUUGA